AUGGGUACCGUACCGUACCGUACGCCUAACCGACAUGUGCGUUGUCCUGACUUGGUCUGUUGUUGGUCGUCAACCGGAGACGGCUCUAAUUUGGCCUGGACCCAUGCGCGUCUACGUCGUUGGUAUCAGUUUACCGAAGGGCUUGCAGGCACGUGUCCUUCCGGCCCGGUCCGGUGCGGUCUGAUCUGGUCCACGGUUCGGGGCGUUCUGCUUGCUUGCUUGUUUUAUGCCAGGUCAGUGGUGGUCGGUCGGUCGGUCGGGUCGUUCGUUCGUUCGUUACAGACAGACGGCAACGACGAUGGUGACUGGCGCCUGUCGGUGUUGAUCUUCGGCGAGUCGGAUGGUUUGCUGCCGGGUGGCUGUCAUCGUCGUCGUCGUCGUCGUUGUUCGUUGCAUUGA